AUGGCAGCCGCCGACGUGGACGUCGGAUACCUGGCUACCCAUCUGGGUAUGCCGGAGAAAAAUUUGUCCACCGUCGCUACUGAUCCCACUGCCGAACUUGUUCGAGCUGUUUUGGCUGCUGUAGCCACCAAGGCCCAUGAAUUCGACGCGCUUUACUCCGAGAAGGUCCAGCUCGAGGUUGAGCUUGAGACCAAUGUCCGCGGCGCCGAGGCUCAGCGAGAUGCGAGCAACGAGAGGGCUAAUAAAGCACAAAAGGAAGUUGAAGAGAUCCGCCAGAAAUUGCAGCAGGAGGAGUCUAGAAGGCAUGCCCUCGAGAACGAAUUACAGUCUACGAGGUCGUCCAACUCUACUUCCCAGUCCGAUGUCGACUCCCUUCGCGCCAAGGUUUCGUCCCUUGAGUCGCUGAAUCGCGAAAAGUUGGCCAUCAUCGACACCAAGAACACUGCCAACGAACAAUUAUCUCAAGACCUUCAAGCCUUACAUCAGAAGAACUUGAAGCUCAACCAAGAGCUAACCGCCGCCCAACAAGCAGCUCAAAAUGCGCAAGGCGCCUCGAACACCUUCAAAAUUACCGAGUCACGUCUGCGAUCCGAGCUGCAGAUGGCCGAGAGGAAUGCCGAGUUCUGGGAAGAGGAGCAGAAGAAGAAAGCAGCCGAGUUGAACCAGGUCCGCAAGGAUAAGACAAGCACAAUCUCGAGACUACAGAGCGAGAACCAAGAUCUCAGAAGCGAGAAGGAGACCCUUGAAGAGUCUAUACGUCAGCUCCGCAAGCAGCUCGACGAGACUCAGUCCAAGCUCACUCAGGCUUACCAAGAGAAACAACAGGCUAUCGAACUUGCGGCAAGUCGGGAAGAAGGCUUGCGCCAGGAUCUCGAUUCUACGAAGCGCCUUGCAAACAUGAGAGAAGAACAAUCUAACUCCCUGAAGAAUAGGCUUGCAGAAAUGGAUAUGCGGUUGGAGCAGGUCAAACGGGAUGGGGAAGAUGCCGUGCGCCGUAUCAGUGAGGAGUUGGCACAGACUCGCCAGUCACAUGAUCAAGCCGUCAAUGAAGUUGAAAACCUACAAGCUGAGGUUGCCAGGCUUGAGGCUGUCCUAGCUGAUACACGCGGAUCCCCAGGCCAGCCCGGAUCUGCUCCACAAACUCCAAGACCAUUGAAUGGAUCUCUAUUAGGUCGACCAGCCUCUCCUUUCGCUGCCACCCCUGGUUCUAUGCGCAAGAGCAUGUCGGUAACGCAGACUCUGGAUGAGGUGUAUCGACUCAAGGGACAGUUGGCCAAGGAGAAGAAACACAACGAACACUUGGCCAAGGAGAUUGAAGAGAUGAUGGACCAGUUGGAGGCCAAGGGCCCGGAAAUUGAAGAGCUCCAGGCCGAAAACGAACGUCUGCAGCAUGAGAUCCAGAACAUGUCGCACCUUUCUGAUGAAAGCUUCAAGGAGCGCGACUUGGCAAAGAAGGCAGCUCGAAAGGCGGAAGCUGACUUGAAGACAGCACAGUCAGAGAUCAACAUAGCGCGACAGCAGGUGCGCGACUUGAGUGCGCAAAUGCAAAUGAUGAUCUUCAAUCUGGAACACCAGGGCCAAGAACUCUCGCUCGAGGAGCAGCUUCAAGUUCAGCGAUUACAGAGGGGCAAUGCGACGGACAACAUGUCUGAUGUUGAUGAACUCAUCUCCGAACGUCUGGUCGUCUUCAGAGAUAUUCGAGAUCUGCAAGAGAAGAACCAAGAACUUCUGAAAGUUAUACAUGAACUUUCCGAGGAGAUGAAGAAUGCCGAAGACGCCGAGGCGAAGCAGCAGGCUGCUCAGGAUCACGAGGAGGUUAUCCGUCUCAGGGACACCAUCAAAGAAUGGGAGGACAGACUGCGCUCAAUGCUUGUUCAGCACGAAGCAGUAGUCAAGCAGAGAGAUAUGUUCCGCCGUCUAGCCGAAAGCAGAGGCACCCACGUCGGCGGCUCGGUCAUCGACGGCGACAACGGUGUUCUCACUAGCAUUGAGGACAAUGGCGCUUCGAUCCUGGGCGGCGAUAGCACAGAUUACGCAACGGUUCUUAGAGAGCUUCAACAACAGUACGACUCACAUCGAGCUGAGUGGAACACCGACCGUGAUACCAUGAAGAAACAAAUAGAUACUCUCUCUUCAGAGCGGAAUGGUCUACAGGCAGAAAAUGCCAGAGUUGCAAGCCAGUUAGGUCUCAAAGACUCGCGCUUCGAGAUGCUUGAGUCCAAUUUCAAAGCACUGAAAUCCGAGAACGAGCAACUGUCAAAGCGCAUUCGCGAACAGUCUGAGAAUUUGUCGAAACAAGAUAUUCGCACACAGCAAGCCGCUGAGGAUCUUGUCGAGGCUCGAAGCCAAGUCGAGGGUCUACGCAACGAAAACGCCAACCUCAAGGCAGAGAAAAAGCUAGCCAAGGACAUUCAAGAGCGCCUUGCCCAGGACAAUGAUAGUCUGAUGAAUGAAAGGUCGCGCUUGAACGAAGUCGUGGCCACACAACAGAGACUGCAAAACGAGCGCGAACUGAGCGACGCAGAAACCAAGCGCCGCCUUCAAACGCAGAUUGAUGCUCUGGAAGAGGAGUUGAAGAGUGCGAAGCGCAACUUGACAGAUCAGAUGGAGGAAGGGAAACAACUUCAACUUCGCAAGGAAUUUGACGCACAGCAGUAUCAGAAGCGCAUUGAUGAGCUGACCGGGAAUUUCGGCCAGAUCCGAGAGGAACUUGCCGUUACCAAGACGAGCAAGGAGCACCUCCAGGUUCGCGUGGAUGAGCUCACUAUCGAAUUGCGGACCGCCGAAGAACGUGCGGAGCGCUUGCAGCCUCGUCCUACCCCACGACCCGGCUCUAUAGCACCAGGCGCUGCACAAAACAUCGCUCAAGAAAGCGAGGAGCGCAUCCAAGAACUCAUACACGAACUCACCGACCUCAAGCGCGAUUUGGAAUUGGCCAAGACUCACCUUGAAAAUGCCGAAGCCCAAGCAAACCAAUAUAAAGAGCUUAGCCAGGCUAACGAGGAGGAGCUCCAAGCACUUCAAACAGCGCAGGAUCAAUAUGUGCAAGAGAUGGAUACCGCAUUGGCUGGCAAGGACUCAAAGAUCAAGGAGUUAGAGCAACGGAUCGAGGACUUGUCUGCAGAGCUUGCGAGAACCAACACUGAGCUAUCUGCUCUCCGCGAUUCCCAGGAUGAGGUUGCGCGUCGCGCCGAAAACGAGAAGUCUGUUCUGGAGGCUGAGAUCAAGCGCCUGAAGGAACAGGACGAGAACUAUUCUGCAUCCGUUCAAUGCCACCAGCAAGACCUGCGAACUCAGGCUGAGAUUGCUAGCCGUGCUCAACAACAAUACGAAGAAGAAGUUGCCAAGCAUGGUCAGACGGCUGCUACACUGCAAUCUAUCCGUAACGAGUACAACCAGCUACGGACAGCCGCAGCCACCUUGCGAGCAGAGGCUGAAUCGGCCAAGGCGACGCUCCUACAAAACGAGAGUUCUUGGGAGGAACGGCGCAAGAAGCUUGAACAAGAGAUGUCUGAUUUACGAGCGCGACGGGAUGAUGCCGACAAGCAAAACAAAACUUUGCAUGCCAGCCUUGAGAACAUGCAGAACGAAGUCGCAAAGCUCCAACAAACCCGCGCUACUGUGGAUGACUCUAUGGAGGCCAUUCCGCCGCAACCUACGUCUUCUUCUGAAGCUGGGCUCCGAGAGAUGGCCAAUUAUCUGCGCCGCGAAAAGGAUAUACUUGAAGUUCAAUUGGAUCUGAAGGACCGUGAAGCGAAACAAUUGCAGCAAUCACUUGGCUACGCCAAUGCUCAGCUCGAUGACGCACGACUUAAGCUGGAACAAGAGCGGCAGUCACAAUCUAGCAAUGAAAGAUCGUCCAUGUCUCACAAGGACUUGAUGGAUAAGCUAGAACAGCUCAAUCUCUUCCGGGAAAGCAGCGCAGCACUACGUGCCGAGAAGAAGCAGCUUGAAGCACAAUUGGCUGACAAGUCCGCCAAGGUUGCAGAGCUUGAAGAGAAGGUUCGGCCUCUCGAAGCGCUUAUCGAGGAGCUCAACAGCCAGUUGGAGCAUAAGCAGGCUGAGAUUGAUCAGAUACGAAAUGAUCGGGACUACUGGCAAAAGCGGAGCGAGGAUAUCAUUGCCAAACACGGACGUACCGAUCCAGCCGAGGUCGAAGAGCUCAAGGAGACCAUUGCUACCCUUGAAGGAGAGCGGAAUACGCUCCGAGAGGCUGAAAUACCCCUCAAGAAUAAGAUAGAGGAGUUGGAGAAGGCCCUGCAAGAAAAAGAGACCGGCUGGCAAUCCACACGGGAAAAGCUUGUGGCUCAAUUCAAGGAGCGGUCUCGAACAUUGACUGCUGCCAAGAACGAAGCAAACUUGGAGAAGGAUCGCGUACAAGGAGAGCUCAACGAAGUCAGCGUUCAGCUCACAUCAGCCAAACAAGAAGUGGAAUCCCAGAGAGCCAAAUACACAGCCGCGGAGGAGCAGAUCAAAGCGUUCCAAAGCCAGGUUCAAGCGCUACAACGAGAAAUCCAACAGAAUGCAAAUACUCAGGCGGCGGGGACUGUCGCACCGACGCCAGCGACAGCAUCUGCACCAAGUGGUACCGAAAUUGCUGAACAAGUCACCAGCCUAGAGCAGCAACUUUCUCAAGUCAAAGCAGAGUUGGAAUCCAUCAGCGCACAGAAAGCAAACGUUGACCAAGAGCUUGAGCAGCUUCGCUCACAACUCCAAACUGCCUUUGCCGAACGGGAUCAAGCAGUGGCCAAUGCGGCAGCCGCUGGCAACAACGACACUAAUGGCGGCGAUGUCGCAAUGCAGAACGGGUCUGAUGAAGCCCAGUCCACAGCCGCACCCGCUGCCGUGCCCAUGACUGAUGAGGAGCGCCAGGGACUCGAACAGAGAAUCGCAGCAGCAGAGGCCAAGGCUGCUGAGUUCGAGGCGAAGGCCAAAGAUAUCGAGGAUAAUCAAGCAGCUAUUCUUAGUCAGCGCAGUGACAAGAUGAAGAAGGCGCUGAACGAUAAGCUCAAGGCUGAGAGGGAGGCAAUGAAGGAAUCCAUUGACAAGCAGCAAGCGGAUUUGAAUUUGCGACUAGAACAAGAGAGGAAGAUUUGGGAAGCUGAGCAGAAGACGAAUGCAUCAGCUGAAAGCCAAGCACCCAAUACGCCCUCCCAAGCUACGCCAGGCACUCUUGGGGAAGCUUCCACGCCGGCAAAGAUUAAUCUGGAAACUAUCUCUGAUGAUGAAGCCCGCAGGUUUGUGGCCACGAACAACACAAUUAAGAGCAUCAUUACCACGAACAUUAAGACCAAGGUCGAGCAGGCAAUGAAGAGGGUCAAGGAAGAGUGCGAGCAGAAUCACGUUCUGAAGUCGGAGGUUGAGCAAAAGCUUCUGCAGGCUCGAGAGGCAGCCAUGAAGAUGGCAUCUACAAAGUCUUCGGUGCAGAUCAAUAUGGCACAGAACAAUGCAAAAAUGGCACAAGCAAAGAUCGCAGUGGUCGAGACAGCCGCAAAGGAAACACCAACAAAACCUGUCAGCGAAGUAUGGGACGUUGCAAAGACUGCCAAACCACCGCCGGCGCAGCCCAAGCAACCUGUGUCCGCGGUUGCGCCCGUCGCAGCAACUGGCGCUGGAGGUCGUAAGUCAACCCAGUUCUCAGUGGUACGAGGGAUUUUUGCUGAUGAUGAUCAAGAAUCUGCCCAGGUUGGUCCCACGACUGCCACAAGCCAGGCCACCCAGCCUGCUGCAGCCACUUCGAAUCUACCAACAAAGCCCCAAUCCUCCAUCCCAACACCUGCUACGGCAAACAGCACCGGUACGCCAGCGAACCCGUUCGCUCCACUGCAGGCACAGCAAAGCAACCAACCCACCUCUGUGAAUAAUCCGUUUGCAUCGAGCACCAACUCGCAGCCAGCUGCGCAGCAACCAGGCCAAGCAGCUGCAAACCCGCAAGCCUCCAACCUUCCCAAAUCGGGCAUUCCCGCCCCGUCAAACCUACCCAAGAGUGGCCUGCGACAGCCGAGCGGAACCUAUCAGGCGCCCCGUGGUGGCAGAGGUGGCCGCGGUGGCAACCGGGGUGGUGCUCAGGCUGGUGGACGCCAGAGUCUGAAUCCCGGCGCCGAUAACUUUCAGCCCGGACCCGGACUCAAACGAACCAGGAACGACUCUGAAGCAGGUGGUCCUGGAGGACAGAAGAGAAUGCGUGGUGGUGCAGCUGGUGGCGCAGGAACCAAUGCUGCCCAGCAAUAA